UGGGAAGGAAGUAUCUAUAUGGGAGAGACAGCUGUAUAAUGAAUAGGAGAGACAGCUGUAUAAUGAGAGUGGGACAGGAGAGCCCUUCCCCAGUCACUGUAGUGAUUCCUCCAAUGCAGAGUAUUUGCUUCCCUGUUCCCUCAUGUUGGGAUUCCCCACAUUAUACCUGUCACUAUACCUGUCACUAUACCUGUCACUAUACCUGUAUGUAUCAUUUACUCCAGGACAAGGGACUGUCUCAUUCAAUGGGGGAGAGAAAGACCUCCCAUAGAUGUAAUUGUAUUUAGAUACAUAGUGAAUCAUAAGCAUUUAAUGGCUCAGGGACUGGGCCGGGGGUUGAGGAGUUAAAGGGAGAGUUAAAGGGAGUGUCAGUAAAUGAAGGUGUUGUGCUGAAGCAGCAGGAGGAGUGAAUGGGAGAGGCACAUGACGUCAUACAGAAACUGAAAGAAGAAGAAACACUAAGAAUUCAGCUGCUACUUUCCCACUCACUUGCCCCUCAUUCUUGCACUAAAACUGCCCCGGGGCAACCUUCCUACAGGAGCCACUUGUACUGGGGUUAUAGGGGGUGGAAUGGGAGGAGGUGGGAAGGAAAGGGAAAUAUUGUGUUAUUGUUCUUUUACUUCCGAGGUACUUUCCGUGUCCAUGAGAUCAGAUCAUUUCUCAGAGUCCUGCACAAGUGAACACAUUCCCUCAGGAGGAGCUGCCAGACACCUUGUGCCUACAGAUGUUUCCGAUCUCUUCGCCCGGAAUCUGCUUUUCCCCGUAUCCAUUGCCCGGCAGUAGGAAAGUCACUGGCACGGAGCCUACGAAGGAGGAAGUUGAUCUUCAGAGACUGGAAUGGGGAGUAGAAGACACUGACCAUGUGCCUGAUCCACAUCAUGGGACCAUGACUGACAGUGAAAUGUCUGUUGACCAGCCAGACCAUACAUAUUUUAUCCAUAUGGAAGACGACAUUGAGAUUUGUUCACGCUUCCUGCUUGGGAAGUGCAUGCAGGGAACUCUGUGCCCUCGGCAUCAUGCCAUGCUCCCUUACACCUGGCAGCUGAAGUUAGCGAGCACAGGCAUGUGGUACACCGUUGGGGGCUGGGCACAAGAGGCCCUGGAAAGGCUGUUUUGCAACCCAGCUCAAGCGCAAGUUAAAUGUGUGCACCAAAAGAAAGAAUACACUCUAGACUUCACCACCAUGGAGGUCCAUCAUAGCCCUGUAUUUAACCGCGUCAGACGUCUGUCAACUUCCACCAACCCCUCAAUCCCUUUCCACACCAGCUACAUGUAUUAUUACGAAGAGAAGGACAACAAUUGGGUUAAAUAUGAUCCGAAUUUUGUAGAGAGCAUUGAGGAAGGCCUGAGAGAAGGCUUCCUAGAAGUUCUGUGCAGCAGUUUCCAAUUCAGAUAUGUCCUCCACCUUACCAAGUCUUAUCAGGAAAACCUCCAGACGAACACUAAGAGGCGCAUGAGAGCCCGUCCCAUCUUUAAAUCUCCCCUCGAGAUGAUGUCCGAUUUGUGGACCCUCCGCAUUACUGGGAGCUGUGUGGGCUCCAAUUCUAAUCCUCCGCCGUACCCUAACAUUUGGCUCAUGAACAACACCUCGCCUUUGUCUGCCUUCGAUUUGGUCCUCUUGCGAUGUGAGGACAGAGAGUUCAUCUGUGUGUAUCGCUGCUUUCACAAGACGAUGAAAGAGACAGAGUACGUCAUUCUCGAGAUCUCCAGGAUCCAGAACUACUUCCAGUGGGAAAAAUACACACGAAAGAGGGAUCACAUCGCUCAGAGCUGUCUUGUGUCAGAGAGAAACCGACUGGAGCGGCAUCUUUUCCAUGGCACAGACCAUUCCGUGGUGGAAGCUAUUUGCAAGCAGAACUUCGAUUCACGGGUCUGUGGCAAACAUGCCACCAGCUACGGCCAGGGGAGCUACUUCUCCACAAAUGCCAGUUAUUCCCAUAAGUACUCUGAUCCCAACAGCAGCGGGCAGCAUUUUAUGUUUCUAGCCAAAGUCUUAGUGGGGCGGCCAGCACUCGGGAAAAAGUCUCUACGCCGUCCUCCACCAUUGUUUCCUAAGGACCCUGCCAGCCCUCUCUAUGACUCUUGCGUGUCAAGGAAUAACAACCCAGACAUCUUUGUUCUGUUUGACAAUGACCAAUCCUAUCCUUAUUUCCUUAUCAAGUAUCAGAAGAUCCCAGAAGUGGUCAAUGUGGACUAAAUUCUUUUGUUCCUUGUGCACCAGUUCAUCAUCUAAUACAAGGGCCUUUUCUUUUGUUACAUACUGCACAUUCCAUAAAUGUAAACAAUGGUCAAUGGAAUAAAAUGUCAAAUGGUAAAUGUCAA